ACUGAAAUUACAAAAAUUAAAUUAAAAAUGAAAAUGAAAUAAAAUUCAGAGCUUCAGUUAGAGAGAGAAAGAGAGUUAGAGAGAGAGAGACCCAAUUUCAUGGAGGCUAAGCCGAAAGGCCUUAAGGAAAAGCUUAUGAAGCUUCGCCAAUUCAUCUUCUAGGGUUUCUGUUUCGUCUUUCAGAAGAAACAAGCAUUGGUUUGAUUUGGUUUCAGCUCAUAACACUAGAGUUCUUUGUUUUUGAUUCUUGUCAUGCGAUUUUCGUCGGGGGAAUCGUCGGGUGCAUCGUCUUCUAAGGAAAGUAAGGGUUGUAAUAGUAAUAAUCUGUCGGGUCCUCGGCUUCGGAAGAAGCACAAGAGGCUCGACGCCAUUUGUGAGAAGGAGUAUAACAAAAACCGUGUUGAUUUGAAUGAGAAUAGCGGUGUUAUUGGAAAUGAGAGUGCUGAUUUAGAGAUCCGUAGAAGUUCGCGUGUUCGUCGGGCUCCGGUUUUGCUUGAUUUGUCGCCUUCGCCGCCGAAAAAGCGGCGGAAGAUUAUUAAGAAGGAUGUAGUUUCCAGUGUUGGCGAGAGUGUGAGGAAGAAUUCUCCUCUGAGGAACUCGAAUUCGGAGGAUUUGGACACUCCGGGAAGUUGGAAGUCGAGGUUGAGAUCCAGGGGUAGAAAUGUGAGUUUUAGAGGGAAAGAGGAGGAUGAUUCGCCAAAGGGGAAGAGGAAGCUUUUUCAUGAAGUAGAGGUGGGUAGAAGUUAUGAAAAAGCUUCGGGGAAAAAAGGGGUUCGAAAAGGCGAAUCAGAAGGUAACUACACCGUUGUGAAAUCUAAGAGGUCAGGAAGGAUCAAAGCAACAAAUGGUUUGAAGAAGACGGAAGAAAGAGUAAAAGAGUUGCGAAUCAUUGAAGAUGAUUGUGCGCGGGAAGAAUUGAAGGUCAUUGAUAACGGGGGAAGGGAUGAUUCAGGUGGUCAUUCUGAAAGGGACACAGACACAGAAGUGGUUGAGACAGAGGAGCAUUUGCAGUCUGAGGAUGAGUGCAUUUGCAAUGAUUCUAAGGAAACUGUGGAAAGAUUGGAGUUAAUUGAAAGUGUAGGAAAAAAAGAUAACAUAAGGGCCAUUCAAGAUAUAGAGAAAGAGGCAAACGUGGAGGCUAUUGAGCAUGCUCAGGAGGAGGAGACCAUGGAGGCCAUUGAAAAUGAAGAGAAAGAGGACGUUGGGGAGGCUAUUGAACACGUAGAGGAUGAUGACAAUAUGGAGAUCGUUGAAGAUGAACAGGACACUACAGAGGCCAUUGGACAUGUAGAGAGAGAGAACAAUGCAGAGAUCAUUGAAGAUGCUGAAAAUGAAGAAAAUGUUGAUGCCGUUGAACAUGUAGAGAAAGAGGGGGAACAAUUAGAAUUUGGAGAAAACCAAACUAACCAAGUGGAAGCUGUUGCAUCUGCAGCAAAUGAAUUGGAGGAGGGCCCAGGCUGUUAUGAUGGGGGGAAGAAUAUGAAUAAAACAAAACUUGAUGAAUCUCAUGUAAAAGAAAAUGGUACGGCGGAUGCUUCAAAAUGUGCUUCAAGUGCCAUACUUGGCAAACCGCGCAUUAAGGAAGGUAGGCGAUGUGGUUUGUGUGGUGGCGGCACAGAUGGUAAACCGCCAAAACAAUUAGCUCAUGAUGCAGGAGAGAGUGAGAAUGAGCUGUACGGUGGUUCUUCAGCUUCUGAGGAACACAAGUACGAUAUAUGGGAUGGUUUUGGUGAUGAACCUGGCUGGCUUGGACGUCUUCUGGGUCCUAUAAAUGAUCGGCAUGGAAUUGCUGGAAUAUGGGUUCACCAACAUUGUGCAGUAUGGAGUCCUGAGGUAUAUUUUGCUGGUUUAGGUUGCUUGAAAAAUGUAAGGGCUGCGCUCUGUAGAGGAAGAGCAUUGAAAUGUACCCGCUGUGGAAGGCCAGGGGCCACCAUUGGAUGUCGUGUUGAUCGAUGUCCAAAAACUUACCACUUGCCUUGUGCUCGAGCAAAUGGGUGUAUCUUUGAUCAUCGAAAAUUUCUUAUAGCCUGCACGGAUCAUCGACGUCUCUUCCAACCUCAGGGCUUUCAGAAAUUCACAAGAAUAAAGAAAGUUAAAGCUAGGAAAAUGAAGUUGGAAUUGAGAAAACUUUCGAAUGAUGCUUGUCGAAAGGAUAUUGAGGCAGAAGAGAAAUGGUUGGAGAACUGUGGUGAGGAUGAAGAAUUUUUAAAGCGUGAAAGCAAGAGACUUCAUCGAGAUUUGGCGAGGAUUGCACCUGUGUAUAUUGGAGGCACAGAUUCUGAAAGUGGAAAACUGUUUCAGGGUUGGGAAUCUGUUGCUGGCCUUCAAGAUGUCAUCCGGUGUAUGAAGGAAGUUGUCAUAAUGCCUUUAUUAUAUCCAGAAUUCUUUGAUAAUCUUGGCCUUACACCGCCUAGGGGUGUUCUACUCCAUGGGUAUCCUGGAACAGGUAAAACUCUCGUUGUGAGGGCAUUGAUAGGUGCAUGUGCUCGUGGUGAUAAACGGAUAGCCUAUUUUGCCCGGAAAGGGGCAGAUUGCUUAGGAAAAUAUGUUGGUGAUGCUGAGCGCCAGCUAAGGCUUUUAUUUCAGGUUGCUGAGAAAUGCCAACCUUCUAUAAUAUUUUUUGAUGAAAUAGAUGGAUUGGCACCUUGCCGCUCACGAAGACAAGAUCAGACCCAUAGUUCAGUUGUAUCAACAUUACUUGCUCUGAUGGAUGGUUUAAAAUCUCGAGGUUCUGUCGUAGUCAUUGGUGCAACAAAUCGUCCUGAUGCAGUUGAUCCUGCAUUAAGGCGGCCUGGAAGAUUCGAUAGGGAGAUUUAUUUUCCACUUCCAUCAAUGAAGGACAGAGCUGCCAUUCUUUCGCUUCACACUCAAAGGUGGCCGAAACCAGUUAGUGGAUCUUUGCUUCAGUGGAUCGCGAGAAAAACUGCAGGAUUUGCUGGUGCGGAUCUGCAGGCACUCUGUACUCAAGCAGCCGUCACUGGUUUGAAAAGGAAUUUUCCUCUACAUGAAAUUUUGUCAGCUGCUGAGAAAAACACUUCCACUGGUAAACGCCUUCCUCUUCCAAACUUUGCAGUAGAGGAAAAAGACUGGUUGGAAGCUUUAUCAUGCUCCCCACCUCCUUGCUCUCGAAGGGAAGCUGGUAUAGCUGCUAAUGACGUAGUAUCUUCUCCUCUUCCUUUCCACCUUAUUCCUUGUAUUCUACGACCAUUAGCCACUUUGCUCGUCUCCCUCUAUCUCGAUGAACGCCUGUUGUUGCCAGCUGCACUUUCUACAGCCGCAGACAUGAUAAAAAGUGUGAUAGUUUCAACUUUGGACAAGAAGAAAUUGCCUAGUGAUUGUUGGUGGUCAUUUCUUGAUGAUUUUAUUCAAGAACCUGAUGUUGCGAAAGAAAUAGAGAAGAAACUUCUAGAUUCUGGCAUUUCCCUCGGAAAUUUUAGUUCCACUGCAACUAUUGAUUUUGAUGAUGAGAUUGACCACAGCAAUGCAAAAUUCGAACCUUACUUGAAACUUAAUGGCAGAGCCCACUCAAAUAUGUUGCGGGCCCCAUUAAAUCCAUCGAGUAAUUCAGGGUUCCGUAUGUUAAUUGCUGGAAGUCCCAGAUCUGGGCAGAGGCAUCUUGCUUCUUGUCUUAUUCACUCUUUUGUUGGAAAUGUUGAAAUUCAGAAGGUUGAUUUGGCUACAAUAUCACAAGAAGGGCAUGGCGAUGUUGUUCAGGGGAUGACACAAAUAUUAAGGAAAUGUGCUGGUGUUGGUUCAUGUAUGAUAUUUAUGCCAAGAAUUGAUUUAUGGGCUGUUCAGCAAGUAGAAGACUGUGAUUCCAAUUCAAUGAACGAUCAGCGCACCGAGAAGGGUAAUCCUCCCAGUAUUAAACAUGAUCGAAAUAAAAACUUGUCUAGUCCACAUAGCAAAUUAACAGGGACAGUAGGAGAUCAAGGCUUUACUCAGAAUGCUUCGAAUACCUGGAGAUUAUUUGUUGAACAGGUGGAAUCUAUCUGUAUUUCGACCUCGGUGAUGAUUCUGGCCACAUCAGAAGUUCCAGUACUUCCAAUUGAAAUCAGGCAGUUCUUCAAGAAAGAGGUAUCAAAUUGCAAUCAGUCAUCACAAACGGAGUACACAGUUCCUCGAUAUUUUGUGCAAGUUGAUGGGGAUUUCGACCAUGACUCGGUAAUCAACCUAUCUGCCGCCAAGUUAUCAAGGGAUGUGAUUCAACAGCUAAUUCAGUUAAUUCACCAAAGAUCUCACAUCCAUAUAACAUCAGCAGAGGAAUAUUAUAAAACUACUAAUUUACUCAUAGAAGAGCAUCCAAUGUCGGUAAAUCACAAGACAGUUGAUGGAACAGGUGAUGCAAAUGAAGAUAUAGCACAACCGAAGGAAGGACCUAUCGAUAAAAUUUCUCUGCCGCCAAAUAGUAGAACUGUCAAAGGAAGAUCAAAUUUGCAUCUAGCUGUAUCCUCUUUCGGCUUUCAAGUUCUGCGGUAUCCUCAAUUUGCCGAGCUCUGCUGGUUCACAUCUAAGCUGAAAGAAGGUCCCUCAGCGGACAUAACUGGACCCUGGAAAGGCUGGCCUUUCAAUUCCUGUAUCAUCUGGCCAGAUAGCUCAGACGAAAAGGCAGCUGGUGGCGGCUCUAGUUCUGCCAACCUGAAAACGAAAGAGAAACCCGGUGUAGUUAGGGGCUUAGUAGCUGUUGGUUUAUUAGCAUACAAAGGCGUCUACACAUCGCUGAGAGAGGUUUCUUUUGAUGUAAGGAAGGUUCUCGAGCUUCUAGUUGAACAGAUCAAAGAAAGAGUUCGAGCCGGGAAAGAUAGAUAUCAAUUCGUUCGCCUUUUGUCACAAGUUGCUUACCUUGAAGAUGUUGUAAACAGCUGGGCAUACACAUUGCAAAGCUUAGAGGUUGAUGCUCCAAUGCCAGCGCCCAUGGUGCCAGUAGUGAACUCUAAUCUCAAUAGCACUACAACUCCAGAUAAUCAAACUCAAAGCCAGGAGUUAAAGCCAUGUGUUUCGGAAGCACAAAAAGAAAAUCAACAGAGUUUCGCUACUGAUUUGGACUUGAAUAAAGAAGUUAUUGAUUUGAAUUAUCAUAAUUCUGACGGUACAGAUGGUGCUGACGCCGAUGGAUUACAGCUCGAAGUUGUUCCGGUGAAUAAUUCUACCCCUAAUAACAAACCUGUUAAGGAUUCCGAGCACACUGAAAUGUUGAAUAAGCAAAAUGGGACACACAAACCAUCCGAUUCUUCGAGCUGUGGAAAUAUCAUGCAAGUAGACGUAGAUCACGGGCAUUCUGAACAUGUAAACGGAUCAACAUUCGCAGAUUCUACCGUGCAUAGCAUUGAUACCGAUAAGAUUCUUCAAGACGAAGAAAUCCCAUCAACAAAAGCUACAAAGUCUGGAGAUUUAUGUUUAUACCGUUGUUGCUCUCAAUGCAUGAACACCCUCAAUAACUUGACAAAGAAACUCCUUAUCCAAGAACAGAAACUGUACAGUAGUCAGUGGAAAAUCGACGAUGUUCACGAUAUUGUUGCAUCAAUAUCGGUUGAUCUUCUAUCCGCUGCAAGUAGGGUUCUUGCAGAAAAUCCCAUCGAUGAUGAUAAAUCGAAAACAUGUAGCUGCAACGAUCUCGAAAAUAAGAGCUAUGCGCCAUUGCCGAGGGAAUGUGGGUGUCACAAUCCACCAACCGAACUCACAUCGGAGCAUAACUUUAUUUUCAGAGACGGUGUGUUGGUUCCGACUAUGGAUCCAAGCAAGGAUGUUUCGUUUCACUGUAAAUUCGAGACUUUGUGUCUCUGUUCUCUUGUAGAAAUAAUAGCAAUGACCAAGCACCAGCCUUUCGAUUAGGUUUUUUUUGUUCUUGUUUUUUAAAAUGGGAUUUCAAAGGCUUUCAAUUACUUUCCAUGGCUAUGCUUGGUCCGGCCAUAUUUUUUUUAAACAAGAAAAAUGGGAUAAGAAAAGAAAUUCUAGAGAUCAAAA